ACUUAUGGAGGAUUCUAUUGCAGAAGUUUCAACAAUUCUUUCAUUACUCAAGUCAGGGAUGCCUGGUUUUCGGAUGAAUUUCGAGUCCAAAAAAAGCUUGGUUUAGUGUUAGAGAAACAGGAAAUCCAUUUUCCUGAUGAAUUAACUUGUGCGAUUUGCUUUGAAUCUUAUUCUCGUGAUGAUCGCAGUUGUGGUAAGUGUGGUCAUCCCUUUUGUAACGAUUGUUGGACUAAUUAUAUAAGAAACUACAUUCGCGAAGGCACCGGACCCUUGAUGAUACGGUGUCCUGAACCUUCUUGUCGUGCUGCUCUUCAUCAGGAAUUGUUUGAUAAGAUUGCAACCGAGGAACAAAUGGAUCGAUUUUUGAGUUACUUGAUUAAGUCGUUUGUGGAAAACCAAAGGACUAUUAAGUGGUGUCCUGCUAAUGGAUGUGAAUUUGCCAUCGACUUAUUAGAUGGUGUUAAUAGCUGUGAUGUUUCUUGCCUUUGUUCGUAUAAUUUUUGCUGGAACUGCAAGGAGGAAGCUCAUCGUCCGAUGGGGUGUGACAUAAUUACAAAAUGGAAUGAAAAUAUCAAUCCGGACACGAGAACCAUGAGCCGGAUAAUGAUGUGCAGCAAGCCUUGUACGAAAUGCAAGAGACCGAUAGAGAUGAGCUUUGGGUGUAUGCACAUGAAAUGUAGGCCUCCUUGCAAUUUUGAGUUUUGCUGGAUUUGCCUUCAAAGAUGGGAUGGUCAUAGGAACUUUUAUGGUUGUAACCGUUAUGGUGAAGUAACAGCUGAGAGGGAGAAAUCAAAAGAAUCUAGGAAGAAGUAUCUCCAUUGUUGUGAUCGUUGGGAAGCACAUGGAAUUUCAAGGAGAAAAGCUGUUAAGGAUUUAGAGAACCUGAAAUCUCAGCAGAUUAAAAAACUUUGCGACAUCCAACAACUUAGUUGCUAGUCAGCUGGAUUUCUUAGUGGAAACCUGGAGAUAAAUAAUUGAUUGCAGGCAAAUCCUAAGGUGGACAUAUGCAUAUAUAUUUUUCUUAUCAGAAAGUGAGCAUGGUAAGAUAGAGUUUUUCGACCUUUUGCAAGGUCAAGCAGACUCUGGUCUCGAAAGGCUUCAUUCUUGCGCCGAGAGGGGUAUAGGAGAGUUCCUCAUUGCCGAUGGUCCAUCCCUCAACUUCGAUGAGUUUCGAACUAUGCUGAUUGGACUGACCAGUGUGACUAGAAACUGCUUUGAGAAUUUCGUUAAUGCCUUGGAAAAUGGCCUAAUCUGAUGUUGAAUCCAAACCGGUUGCAGCUGCCAGAGGAAUCACAAGAAGGCGUCCGAGCAAAAUUUUGAUUGGACCUUGGCCAAGUUCUCCAUAAUAGAUGACUCUGAGUUCAGCAAGUAUCAUUUAGUUUGAAACA